AUGCCGGGCCGUGACCUGGCCGCUGCGGUGACCCGGACCCCGAUCCCCGUGUCAGAACCGCCUGCAUUAACGAUCGAUAUCCUUGCUUUGGUGGAAUGUGUGAUCACAGAUUUAGAACAGGACACUUUGGCCGCGUUUUCUAGAUUGAAAUCCUUGCAGCUCGAUUCCAACAACUUGACUCACGUGAAACGAGUCUGGUUCGACGGUUGGAAAUCUCCAUUUUUGUUGUGGACUCUGUCGUUUUCCUACAAUAAUAUAAGCAGCAUGGAUUCAGCAUGCUUUCGGAGGCUCACUGGCCUAAAAACGUUGCUACUUGACAAUAACGCAUUGCAAAGUGUCGAGGCAUCUUGGUUUCACAAUCUGAACUUAGCCCACCUGUCUUUGAGAUCAAAUUCUAUCAAAAGCAUUCACCCUCAGGCAUUCAAGUCACUGGAAAGGCUCAGGAAGCUAGACUUGAGCCGAAAUGAGUUAACGUGUGUGUCUUGGGAGACUAUGAGUGGGCUGAAUUUAAGAAAGCUGGCACUGGGCGGGAAUAGAUUGCUUAGUCUCGGUAACUCUGCUCAUUUGAUACUGACCUGGCGACUUGAUUAUUCUUACUACCUAUAUUCCGGCCUAAGAGUUGCAGUUAGGGUUAACCAGUUGCUUUUCUGUAUCACUAAAGGUCCUAAACUAGCACAAUAUCACGUUCACACACACUACAAUACCUCACACCUACUUCCGUCCGACCAGGACCAUAUCAGUCUAUGCCACCAGCUUGGGAAAAAACGCAAGCUCAUCACAACAAACCAGAUAAAGUAUGCCCUGCCAUUUGUGUCCAUGUCAGUCAGCACAGAAACAGACAAACACGAUUCAAACAUCACCCACUUGUGCACACAGGCUUGGAAAGCUUCUAGUGGCGUAAAAGUAGCAUUGGGGGGAGACACUGUACUACAGAUAGUUCCUAUGGGUCUAGACUCCCUGUCCCAAACCUUUGCCGUAGUUAUGUCAGACAUCAUGCCUGAUAGAGCGAACAGAAGUAUAUCGUAUGCUGAUGGACACAGUAGAAAUGUCAGCACCUUUGGUCAUGAAGAAAUGAUAAACGUGACUUGUCAUGUGGACGCUCGGGGGGAAACCUACCGACACGUCUUCACCGCGCCCGUGUCUGGCACUCCUGAUGGCACCGUGUGUGUAGAAAAGACCACACGGACGUGCCCAGCACUCCUGGUGACACAACAGUAA